AUGGACAGUCAGGAGGCCACAGAAACUCUUCCCGGCAAACCAAAACAUCUGAUCUACAAAAAAGUGAUUAAGCCAUUAAUAGAGAAGAAGAGGCGUGCAAGAAUGAACGAAUGCUUAAACCAGCUGAAGAAUAUUCUCCUGGAGCGACAGGGAAAAGAGAACAUUGCAAGAUCCAGGAUGGAUAAAGCCGAUAUUCUGGAAAUGGCUGUGAAGCACAUCAGGGAGAUGAAAGACGCAGGAAGCCAUUCAGCUCGACCCGUUGCAGAGGAAUUUCAUACAGGUUACAUGCACUGCUUAUCGUACAUCAGCAGUUACCUUUCCUUCCAGAAAGAACAAGAUGGCAUCAUACAGAGUAGACUGAUACAGCACCUAGAAGGUGCCAUUGCAUCGGCAAUACAAAAGACACCUCAAAAUCCAAAACCUGAGCCAGCAACUAAUGUCUCAGUUAUCGUUAAACCUGCAGAGUCUCAGAAGCCUGUUCUUACGACUUUAUCCAGAAAUGUGCCUCCACCUAGACAGAGCCCUGCAAAGCAAGCACUUUCCCGGGAUGCCACUCCUUUUAUGGAAAACCCUUUAGCAACAAACAGAAGCAAUCAGCCUGCACCCCGCCGACGUCUUGUGUAUAGUAUGCCUAGAACUGGACAAACUUCACGGCCUGAAAAAGCUGCAGAAAGUUCAACAUGUCAGAGACAGUUGGGUUCCACUGUCCCACCUGUUCUUUGGUCUGGCACACAAAGUGUGCUUCAACCUGCACAUGAGAGACAGAGAGACAUGAAUUCUCAAAGAGGACCCUUACCAAGAGGAGGGCCAAACCCUUUGAAUCCUGCUAUAGUCAGUCAGGUGUGGAGGCCAUGGUGA